AUGAAAGCCGGCAUAUCAUUUUCAGCAGCCUUGAGCUUGAGUUUAUGGACAGGAGUAGGAGUGGUGGAUGCCUUUUGGCGCAUGAAUUGCGGACUUGCACAGACUGGAAGAAUCGAUCCAAUCAUCAAUCCGGGCGCGAUCUCUGGCCAUGUUCAUAUCCUCUCUGGAGCCAGCAACGUCAAUACCACAUCGGACUUCGAUUCCUUGACGGCCGCAGCUUGCACCUCAUGCUCGAUCCAGAAAGAUAAGAGCGCAUAUUGGACGCCACUGCUGUACUAUCAGCGCGCCAACGGUUCUUUUGUUGAUGUGCCCAAUGAUGGUACUGUCGUCUACUAUUUGGGGAGAGGCGAAGACCGUCGCAACAUCAUCCCUUUCCCACCAGGUCUGCGCAUGCUUUCUGGAAACCCUUCGAAAAGGUCCUACGACAACUCGACCAUGACCUACGGGAACAGCACAUACCGAGCUAGACCGGUCGCCGACCGAGUGAGCUUUGCCUGCAUCAACUAUGCCCAAGCGACUCCCGAAACGCCCAAUAUGGCCACGACAGAUUGUCCCAACGGUCUUCGAGCCCAGAUUCAAUUUCCUAGCUGUUGGGACGGAGUCAAUCUGUACAAACCCGACCAGUCACAUGUGGCAUACAUGUCGCAAAUCGACAAUGGCGUAUGCCCCCCCACGCACCCGAACCUCUUACCACACUUGUUCUACGAAAUAUACUAUUUCCCAACCAGACUGGAUACCUCAGAUGGUGGGACGUUUGUCUUUUCGCAGGGGGACACCACCGGGUAUGGCUUUCACGGCGAUUUCAUGAAUGGAUGGGAUGCACAAAUUCUCUCUGAUGCCAUAGCGCAAUGCAUCAACGAUGUCGACUCGGGCAACAUAUCCGACUGUCCUCCUCUGCAAGCCUCCCAAGAUGAGUACUACUCGACCAACUGCCCAGAACAGCCUGCUCUAGUCAAUGAGCAGGUGAAGGGCGAACUGUCCAAGCUACCAGGUUGUAACGAAGUCACCUCGGGCCCGGACGAUGUCCCUCAAGGCAUCUGUGCGACUCAACCUAGCCUCAAUCCUGUGGUCGAUACGGACGGAGAAACCACCACGGUCCCCGUAGCCAAUGUGACAAGCACCACACUCAGUUCAGGGAAUACAGCACUAUACCAGGGCUGCUACGUCGAGGCGACAGAUUCACGAGCCUUGUCGGGCGCCUCAUACACCAACAGCAGCGGAAUGACUAGUGUGUCGUGCGGCACAUUCUGCCAAAGCAAAGGAUUCGGCGUGUUUGGCACCGAAUACUCCAAAGAAUGCUACUGUGGCAGUGCAAUCGCUACCGCCACGACAGAUCAAAGUGAUUGUGGGAUGGUCUGCUCCGGCAAUCGGACCGAGUAUUGUGGUGGUCCGAGCCGACUGAGCGUGUGGAGCAUUGUCAGUGGCACAGAGUCUGGUGCCAGCUCGACCACGACCUCAACGACAUCCGCCUCUCCAACAUCAACCCCAACCCCAUCAAUCAGCGGAGCAACCUACAUGGGCUGCUACUCCGACAACACUGGCGGUCGCACACUUGCAUCACGCACGACCGAUGCGAACAUGACACUUGAGCUGUGUGCGCAGACCGCGCAGGCCGCGAAUCACAAGUACUUCGGCUUGGAGUACGCUGGCGAAUGCUGGGCCGGAGACACGAUGGCAGCGACUGCGGCGCCGAUCACCGAAGCAAAAUGCAAUAUGAAAUGCAAGGGUGACACUACUCAACUGUGCGGCGGGUCCAACGCACUCACUAUGUUUCAGAACACGCUUUUCGUCCAACCGGCCAAUCCGUCUGUGGUCGAUGUCACGACGACUCAAGCCCAGUACACAUACGUGGGGUGUUACACCGAGGGCUCUUCGGGCCGGUCGCUGGGAUCGUCGGGUAGCUCGAGCUCUAGUUACUCGACGACCAACGCCAACAACAUGACAGUCGAGCUGUGCGUGCAAACAUGCAAUGCCAAAGGAUACAGCUGGGCCGGAGUCGAAUACUCCAAAGAAUGCUACUGCAACAACGCCGGCGUGGUCAAUGGCGGUGCUGCAGCUCCGGGCGGCGAUGCUGACUGCUCAAUGAUCUGCGUCGGGAACCUAGCCGAGUAUUGCGGCGGGUCGAGCAGGAUAAGUGUGUACCAUCUCCAGACAACAGGAACCGUGCAGCGGAGGCAUUCGCACUUCCACCAUAAACGCGAACUUCGCGGUUCUGGGUCCUUUGGCUCUUGA